AUGCAGGGAGCUCAGGAAGUCGCCUCAGAGAUGCUACCGCUGCUGCUGCCCCUGCUGUGGGCAGGGGCCCUGGCUCAGGAGCGGAGAUUCCAGCUGGAGGGGCCAGAGUCACUGACGGUGCAGGAGGGUCUGUGCGUCCUCGUACCCUGCAGAUUGCCCACUACCCUUCCAGCCUCGUACUAUGGUUAUGGCUACUGGUUCCUGGAAGGGGCUGAUGUUCCAGUGGCCACAAACGACCCAGACGAAGAAGUGCAGGAGGAGACCCGGGGCCGAUUCCACCUCCUCUGGGAUUACAGAAGGAAGAACUGCUCCCUGAGCAUCAGAGAUGCCCGGAGGAGGGACAAUGCUGCAUACUUCUUUCGGUUGAAGUACAAAUGGAUGAAAUACGGUUAUACAUCUUCCAAGCUCUCUGUGCAUGUGAUGGCCCUGACCCACAGGCCCAACAUCUCCAUCCCAGGGACCCUGGAGUCUGGCCAUCCCAGCAAUCUGACCUGCUCUGUGCCCUGGGUCUGUGAGCAGGGGACGCCCCCCAUCUUCUCCUGGAUGUCAGCUGCCCCCACCUCCCUGGGCCCCAGGACCACCCAGUCCUCAGUGCUCACGAUCACCCCACGGCCCCAGGACCACAGCACCAACCUCACCUGUCAGGUGACGUUCCCUGGAGCCGGUGUGACCAUGGAGAGAACCAUCCAGCUCAAUGUCUCCUCCUUCAAAAUCCUGCAAAACACCUCGUCCCUCCCUGUCCUGGAGGGCCAGGCUCUGCGGCUGCUCUGUGAUGCUGACGGCAACCCCCCUGCACACCUGAGCUGGUUCCAGGGCUUCCCCGCCCUGAACGCCACCCCCAUCUCCAAUACCGGGGUCCUGGAGCUGCCUCAAGUAGGGUCUGCAGAAGGAGAUUUCACCUGCCGUGCUCAGCAUCCUCUGGGCUCCCUGCAAAUCUCUCUGAGUCUCUUUGUGCAUUGGAAACCAGAAGGCAGGGCUGGUGGUGUCCUGGGAGCAGUCUGGGGAGCUAGCAUCACAACCCUGGUUUUCCUCUGUGUUUGCUUCAUCUUCAGAGUGAAGACUAGAAGGAAGAAAGCAGCCCAGCCAGUGCAAAACACGGAUGAUGUGAACCCCGUCAUGGUCUCAGGCCCCAGGGGUCAUCAGCACCAGUUCCGGACAGGCAUAGUUUCAGACCACCCUGCUGAGGCUGGCCCCAUCUCAGAAGAUGAGCAGGAGCUCCACUACGCUGUCCUACACUUCCACAAGGUGCAACCUCAGGAACCAAAGGUCACCGACACUGAGUACUCAGAAAUCAAGAUACACAAGUGAGGAAUUGUCCAAAGCCAUAACCUUGAUUGGAGAGAACAUGGUACCUCUCAGUGUAUUGGUUACUAGGGCUGCCACAGCAACGUACCACAAACCGAGUGACGUAAACACAGAACUUUAUUUUCGGAUAGUUUCAGAUGUUAGAGGUCUGAGAACAAGGUGUUAUCAGGGUUGGUCCCUUCUAAGGCCUCUCUUGUUGGCUUGUAGAUGGCUGUCUCCUCCUUGCGUCUUCACAUGGUCUUUCCUCUGAGUGUGUUUGUGUCCUAAUCUUCUCUUCUUAUAAAGACACUAGUCAUAUUGGAUUAGGGCCUCCCCAUGACCUAAUUUAAAUAAAUUAACUAUUUAAAGACCCUCCAAAUACAGUAACCUUCUGAGAUAUUGAGAUUUAGGACUUCUAACAUAUGAAUUUUAGAAGGGAACAAUUUAGCCCAUAACACUGUGUCCAAUUCUUUUAAAAUUAAUGUUUUUGUUGUCAAUGGACUAUAUAAAUACCUUCGUAUAUAUGGCAGACCACAGGACUUCUGUCCAAGAGAACUGAGUUCAACUCCAUCUAUGCCAGCUAUUGAGCAAGUCACUUUAUCUCCCUGCUCUGUAAGGCAGGGAAAUAAUUUCCAUC